AUGAAUCUUGAAGAUACUUUGAUGAAUGAUUGCUUGAAAAUUAUUUAAGAAGAUUUUCUUCAUUCUGCUCUAAAGUAUUUGUAUAUUUUAAUGAAAAAUUCUGUUAACUUAACUUCAAUAUUUUAUUCUAAACUCAUUAUUAGAAUCAGAUAUAUUAAAAGUAGGAAGAGAAAAAUAAAUAUUAGAAUUACUUUAUAAUAAGAAAUUCUAAUAUAGAAUAAAAUCUAAAACUUUUCAUUCAUUAAAUCAGGUACAGAUUGAAAUUUUGUCUAAAGAAUUUUAGUCAGUUUAAAAGAAUAAUUUAUUUCAAAGCAUUUUGAAUUUAUUAUUAUCUUAUUAUUUAGAUGGAAGAAAUAAAACAAUUAGAAGUCUAGAAAGUUCUGAGCUAAGAUUGAAACUAUUAUAAAUUUAUCCGAUUUAAAAUAAAGAAUCGCUUAAAUUAGUGAUAUAUAGUGAUAAUAAAACAUUAAAAUUAAUAUCCAUGAGAUGA